AUGUUUGGGAAGAAAUAUAAAAUGUUACAUAAAAUGUCGAAACAUGGGAAAAAGGAAAAUUCACCAGAGAAUUCUAUAACUGCUGAUAUUGAAACGUUUAAGAAAUCUGAGCGUAAAGGUGUACUAAAUAAAUGUUUUUUCCUCCUUAAUAUUUUUAUUGUUUCAUUUUUAAUAUGGAAUUUACAGAACCCUAAUAGUAGUUGCACCUCUGAUGAAUCGUGCGUUUCCAGUAAUGUUGUGCGGAUGAAUCCCCUGAGCAAUGGUAAUCGAGUGUUACUGGAAACUGAGCAAAUCGAUAGAAUGAGCUAUGAUGAUAAUUCUGCGGUGAGUUCUCCUGGUCAACAACACUUCAGAGGGAGUAAUAUAAAACCGGAUUUCAGCAAAUUAGGAACGGAAUUAAAUGGCAACGAGGAAAGAAUGAAUGAGGAAAUGAACACAAAUCACAAGACAGAGAAGACGAAUUUUAAGGACCACUUUCCAAAAGAGGAAAAGAGAACAAAUCAAAAUAAUGGAGAGGAAAAUACAAAUAUUUAUAAUGAUGUUCAAGACAUUUAUAACGCAUAUAAUAAUGUGAACAAUGAUUUGAAUUCCUCCCAGGGGAAUGAGCCUUUUAUUUCCAAUACAAAUAAAGCAAAUGUGGACAGGGAGGGAAACUACGAUAAGGAAGAGGGAGAAAAUGAAAGCGGUAGCAAUGAACCCAAGGAACAGGAUGAUUUAGGUAAGGAUGAGGAGGGCGAUGAAGACGGCAUGGAGGAAGAUAAGAAAGAGGAGAACGGAGAAGAUAAGGAAGGAGACCAAGGAAAGGAUGAGGGAAAAGAGGACAACAGGGAAGAUGAUAAGGACGAUAAGGAUAAGGGUAAAAAGGAUAAGGAUGACGAUGACGAUGAUGACAAUGAUGAUGACGACAACGACGAAGAAGAUGAUGGUAGUGACGAUGAUAAUAAUGAUGAUGAUGAUGAAAGAAAAAAAGCAAAAGAUGAAGAAGAAUUUGCAGGAAAGAACUGCGUAAAAGGUGGGUGUCUAUUUAUGGAUGAUAAUACAGAAAAUAAAGGAUGUACUUUUAAGGAUAACUGCCGAAAAAAGGAUGACUCUACAGUAAAAAGUGAAUGUCCAUGUAAAGACAAGUCUGUAGAAAAAGAGCAAUGUACCGAAUCAGGCGAAUGUUCAAAAAAUUAUGGAUGUGCCUUUAAAGAGCAGAAGAAGGGAAAUGAAGGACAUCUACGUAAAGAUAAGUUUGCAGGAAAAGAUUCUGGCGAAUUCGAAAGAUGCCCAUUUACUGGUAUAUGUUUAAAAAAGUAUCGAUGUUCAUCCAAAGAUAAUGAUGCAGAAAAAGAAGAUUGUGCGAAAAAAACGGGAUGCCCCUAUAUGAAGCAAGUAUGCUCCGGAAAAAAAGAGUGCCCAUUUAAAGCUCAAAAUUCUGAGAGUGACAAAUGUGCCGGAAAAAAAGAGUGCCCAUUUAAAGCCCAAAAUACUGAAAGUGACAAAUGUGCCGGAAAAAAAGAGUGCCCAUUUAAAGCCCAAAAUACUGAAAGUGACAAAUGUGCCGGAAAAAAAGAGUGCCCAUUUAAAGCCCAAAAUUCUGAAAGUGAUAAAUGUGCCGGAAAAAAAGAGUGUCCAUUUAAAACUCAAAAUACUGAAAGUGACAAAUGUGCUGGAAAAAAAGAGUGUCCAUUUAAAGCUCAAAAUUCUGAGAGUGACAAAUGUGCCGGAAAAAAAGAGUGUCCAUUUAAAGCCCAAAAUACUGAAAGUGAUAAAUGUGCCGGAAAAAAAGAGUGUCCAUUUAAAGCCCAAAAUUCUGAAAGUAACAAAUGUGCCGGAAAAAAAGAGUGUCCAUUUAAAGCCCAAAAUUCUGAAAGUAACAAAUGUGCCGGAAAAAAGGAGUGUCCAUUUAAAGCUCAAAAUUCUGAGAGUGACAAAUGUGCCGGAAAAAAAGAGUGCCCAUUUAAAGCUCAAAAUUCUGAGAGUGACAAAUGUGCCGGAAAAAAAGAGUGCCCAUUUAAAACUCAAAAUUCUGAAAGUAACAAAUGUGCCGGAAAAAAAGAGUGCCCAUUUAAAGCCCAAAAUUCUGAAAGUAACAAAUGUGCCGGAAAAAAAGAGUGUCCAUUUAAAGGAGGGUGUGAAAAAAAAUGA